AUGGAAUGCGUGUUCUACAAGCUCAAGGAGUCAAGGAGUUUCCCUGGUCAGCAGAGGGGAUAUAGACCGGUUUCCGGCCAGGAUCCAGAUUUCGGACAAGCACCCAGUUCGUAUCAGGGUCAAUCGAGCGAAUCGAGAGCUCCGAUUUCCGCCCAGGAUCGGGGUUUCAGGCAAGGACCUGGUUCGAGUCAGGGUCCCACUAGGCCGGCUUCGGCUUGGGUGCAAACGGUAGAGGGGGAGGGGAGUGGCAAAGGGGCUUGGAGUGGAGGCGGAGGUUCUGGUUCUGGACGUGGUCGAGGAUCGGUAGAGGGAGAGGGGAGUGGUAAAGGGGCUUGGAGUGGAGGCGGUGGUUCUGGUUCUGGACGUGGUCGACGAUCGGUAGAAGGAGAGGGGAGUGGUAAAGGGGCUUGGAGUGGAGGCGGUGGUUCUGGUUCUGGACGUGGUCGAGUAGCUUCGAAUCCGGAUCAUGGUCCUAGUGGUUCUAUUUAUGGUAAGCAAGUAUUUCUAUUUUUCGGCUUGAUUGUUUGGUUUUCCUAA